GGAGCAGAGAGGAGCUGUGAGAGGAAGGAGACGUGACGGGAGGACUCACAACAGACGCUCUCAGGACUACGGCAGAAAGAGAGAAGGGGGACGCGGAAAAACGGGACCGUAUCUGCAGCAGAUCUGGAGGUUUGAGCGGCGGGAUACGUGGUGCGGACUGUUACGCACGGCAGCGUUUCCCUGCGGUGAAACCAGCCUGAGUUUUUUGGACGGGAGGCGCACGGCUUGCCUGCUCUUCCUCGUCAGAGAAGGGGGUUUUGUAGCGGGGAGGUUUACGGAGCAGCUGACUGAAGGCACACUGGAGGAGCUGGGAUGUCCUGAGUCAGUCCUCCGGGCCCAGAGAACGGUGUGCUGAUGGGACCUGCUGCGCCACCAUGAGUUUACAAGAUGGCGGCUGCAGCUACGCCAGCAGCGCCAACAUGGCCACCGCUAGUGGCAGCAUGCGGCGGCGCCUGGAGGACCAGGAGUUCACCCUGCGCGUCUACCCAGGCGCCCUGGCUGAGGGCACCAUCUACUGCCCCGUCAGUGCCCGCAAGAACACCACAGCUGCGGAAGCCAUCGAGUGCCUCAUCGAACGGUUGCGCCUGGAGCGUACCAAAUGCUACGUGUUGGCAGAGGUGAAGGAGUUCGGCGGGGAGGAAUGGAUCCUGAACCCCGGCGACUGCCCUGUUCAGCGGAUGAUGCUGUGGCCGCGGAGCGCCCUGGAAAACCGCAGUGGCCUGGGCAGUGGCGAUGACUACCGCUUCCUCCUGCGGGAGAAGAACCUGGAUGGAUCUAUCCAUUAUGGCGGCAGCCUGCAGAUGUGGCUGCGGGUGACCGAGGAACGUCGGCGCAUGGUGGAACGGGGCUUCCUCCCCCAGCCCGCGGGGAGCGACCCUCCAUCCGACCUCUGCACUCUCCCGGAGCUAACAGAGCGCGCCAUUUUGGAAAGCCUUCGUGCACGUUUCCGCCAGGAGAAGAUCUACACCUACAUUGGGAGUAUUCUUAUUGUGAUUAACCCCUUCCAGUUCCUGCCAGUCUAUAAUCCCAAAUAUGUCAAAUUGUACGACAACCACACACUGGGGAAGCUGGAGCCCCACAUUUAUGCCGUGGCUGACGUGGCGUAUCACGCCAUGCUGCAGCGACGGAAGAACCAGUGCAUAGUAAUCUCUGGUGAGAGCGGGUCUGGAAAGACCCAGAGCACCAACUUCCUCAUUCAUCACCUGACUGCGCUCAGCCAGAAGGGAUUCGCCAGCGGGGUGGAGCAGAUCAUCCUGGGAGCGGGUCCUGUGUUGGAGGCCUUUGGGAACGCUAAGACAGCCCACAACAACAACUCCAGUCGCUUCGGCAAGUUCAUCCAGGUCAACUACCAGGAGAGUGGCACCGUCAGGGGAGCCUAUGUGGAGAAGUACCUGCUGGAGAAAUCACGUCUGGUGUACCAGGAGCACAAUGAGAGGAACUACCAUGUGUUUUACUACCUGUUGGCCGGAGCCAGUGAAGAGGAGAGGAAGUCCUUCCACCUGCUCAAACCUGAGGAAUACCACUACCUCAACCAGAUGACAAAGAAAUUGCACAAACACCACUGGGACAAUUACUAUGAGAGCGAUCUGGACUGCUUCACAGUGGAAGGGGAGGAUCUGAAACACGACUUCGAGCGGCUGCAGCUGGCUAUGGAGAUGGUCGGCUUCUUACCCACCACACGCAAACAGAUCUUCUCCCUGCUGUCAGCAAUCCUCCACCUGGGAAACAUCCGCUACAAGAAGAAGACCUACAGGGACGAUUCCAUCGACAUCUGCAACCCAGAGGUCCUGCCCAUCGUCUCGGAGCUGCUAGAGGUCAAAGAGGAGAUGCUGCUGGAGGCGCUGACGACCAGGAAGACGGUGACUGUUGGAGAGAGGCUCAUCGUACCCUACAAACUCGCAGAGGCGGGCACGGUGAGGGACUCCAUGGCCAAGUCACUGUACAGCGCGCUGUUUGACUGGAUUGUGUUCAGGACCAACCAUGCCCUGCUAAACAACAAGGACCUGGAGGACAAAUCAAAGAUUCUGUCCAUAGGAGUCCUGGACAUCUUUGGCUUUGAGGAUUAUGAGAACAACAGCUUUGAACAGUUCUGCAUCAACUUCGCCAACGAGCGGCUUCAGCACUACUUCAACCAGCACAUCUUCAAAUUAGAGCAGGAGGAGUACAGGGCGGAGGGCAUCACCUGGCACAACAUCGACUACAUCGACAACAGCGGCUGCAUCAACCUCAUCAGCAAGAAACCCACGGCACUGUUCCACCUGCUGGACGAGGAGUGCAAUUUCCCCCAGGCUUCCAAUCAGACCUUGCUGGACAAGUUCAAGCGUCAGCAUGAGGGAAACAGCUACAUCGAGUUUCCUGCUGUCAUGGAGCCCGCCUUCAUCAUCAGACACUACGCCGGUAAAGUCAAGUACGGAGUCAAGGACUUCAGGGAGAAGAACACCGACCACAUGCGUCCCGACAUUGUGGCCUUGCUCAAGAGCAGCAAGAACGCCUUCAUCUGCGGCCUGAUGGGAAUCGACCCCGUGGCGACGUUCCGCUGGGCCGUGCUGCGAGCUUACUUCAGAGCCCUGGUGGCUUUCAGGGAGGCCGGCCGCAGACACACCCACAAGAAAACUGGGAAUGAUGCAGCAGUUCCCUGUGCUGUGGUCAAAACUGUCGACAGCUUCAGUUUCCUUCAUCACCCGGUUCACCAGAGGAGCCUCGAGAUCCUUCAAAGAUGCAAAGAUGAGAAAUACAGCAUCACCAGGAAGAAUCCUCGGACACCUCUGUCAGAUCUUCAAGGCACCAACGCCCUGAACGAGAAGGCCAGCUGGGAUGGCUAUGGCGUUGGCUGUAACGGUCGUAGCUCCAGGUCUGGUCGUCUGUCCUCCACAGGAAGUCCCGCCCUGGAAGAAGAUGGGAUCUUCCUCAACUCGACGAGCAGCAAGCUCCUGGAGAGAGCUCAGGGCAUCCUACUGAGAAACAAAAACUGCAAAAGCAAGCCGACUCUUCCCAAGCACUUGCUGGACGUGAAGUCCCUGCACUACCUGAGCAGCGUAACGCUCCACGACCGCAUCACAAAGUCUCUGCUUCACCUGCACAAGAAGAAGAAACCGCCCAGCAUCAGCGCACAGUUUCAGGCGUCCCUCAACAAGCUGAUGGAGACUCUUGAUCAAUCAGAGCCGUACUUUGUCAAGUGUAUUCGCUCCAAUGCUGAGAAGCUGCCGUUGCGUUUCAACGACAGCCUGGUGCUCAGACAGCUCCGAUACACCGGCAUGCUGGAAACCGUCCGGAUCCGACAAUCAGGAUACAGCAUCAAGUACACCCUCCAGGACUUUGUGCGUCACUUUCAUGUGCUGCUGCCUCGAGGCACGAGCCCGACCAAGUCAGGCAUCAGGGAGUUUUUCAGACGGAUCCACCUGCCACCUGCCGGGUAUCAAGUGGGCAGCUCCAUGGUGUUCCUGCGGGAGGCGGAGCGCCAGCGUCUUCAGACCCUCCUCCACCAGGAAGUCCUGCGGCGAAUCGUCACGCUACAGCGCCGCUUCAGGGCCAUCCUGGAGAGGAAGCACUUUGUUAACAUGAGGAGAGCCACCUGUGUCAUCCAGCGAUGGUGGCGAUGCUGCCUUCUCAAAGAGUCCACCAUCGACUCCAGAGACGAGGAGGAGGCGGCCAUGUGUCUGCAGGCGGCCUGGAGGAGCUACAGGGAGCGCAGGAGGUUCCUGCAGUGCCGGGACUCUGCCAUCGUCAUACAGAGGAGCUGGAGGCGUUGCUGCCAUCGCAGAUCUUUGGCAGCUGUAAUGGUUCAGGCCGCCUGGAGAGGAUUCAGGGAGAGGAACCGCUACUGUCGGACCUACAGGAGUGUGACGCAGCUACAGGCGCUGAGCAGGGGAUACCUGGCUCGACUCAGGUUCAGCGACGUGAAGGAGCAGCAUGAAAGAUUCAGUAGUCCACCAGCAGACAUGGAUGCAGGAACCAUGGAGGACCUCCCCUCGUCAGAACAUGAGGGCUACGUCCAGGAUAUCUCUGGAGAGCUUUCUGAAGGCUCUAAACCUGUUCCAUCAGAUGUGGGAGAGAUGGAGAAAGAAGAGAACUCAAGCAGAAGCAUAGACGACACGAGUCAUAAGAACCGGUCAAAGCGAGAGAGCAGACGAAUGAGAGAGCUGGAGCAGGCUCAGUUCAGCUUAGAGCUUCUCAAGGUCCGAACCACCAGCGUGGGAGGUCCUCUGCAAGAAGACUCGCUCCCAGACGGCAGCACCUGUCAGCUGGAGGACCAUCACAGACAUUCACCCCGGGGGUCUCCAGCUAGUCAUGGAAGUUUUGAACUGCUCAGUGUGGAAGACAUGGAGACGGAAGGUUCCCACUCAACUGCACCUCAAGAACAUCCGCAAGAACUGGAUGUUCAAAUACAUGAGGGGCUGAGAGAUUCAAACUAUAAUGAAAAGCCUGUGAUAGAGCCGCCAAACAAGGCGGAGGGUCCGAGGGCAACAUUUUACAUUGCUUCUGACCAAAGUCCAGUCCACGAACCAAAACACGAAAGCCCCAGCAAACCUUACAAAGAGAGAAGAGAGUCCACGUCUCGAAGGCCUGUGGUGGUGUUGAUCAGUAUGCAGAAGGAGAGCCCUGUGGACGAGGGGGAGCUGCUGGCAGCCCAAACCCUAGAAAGAGCUCUGGAAGCAGAAGCGGCCUCAUCCGAUUCUCAAAUGGCCUUCAUUGCAGGCUUGGAGGUAGCAGCAGAGAUAGAACAGCCUCAUGGGGUUGCUACCCAGGCCAAGACAGAUGUAUUUGGAGUGGACCCGUCUUCAUCCGCCGAUGGAUCAAGUCCAGAACAACCAGCGAUUUGCUCCUCAGAGGUGGACAUCCAAAUCAUCCUUGAGCCAAAGGACGGUGUUCCCGCUGUUCCCCCCAGUCAGCAGGAGAGGAAGGCGACCCGGCCUGCACAGGAGGCUCCCAGCCCAGUCCUGGACACCAAACCACCAAAAGCUCAGAAGAAGAGCUCAGCCCAGAGUGUGAUUGUGAACAUGGUGGAGAAACCCUCCAACAUUGUGUUCUCCCCACCCAGACGCAAGCUGCCCUUCUCCAAGUCAGAUAAGGAUUUGGUGAACCAGGAAAGAUCUCUGGCCAUGUUCAGAGACGACUCCAAAUCUGCUGGGUCCAGAAACAGAGAGAUGGGCCGCCCCGGCCCCAAAAAGAAAGCGCGAAUGUCCCGGACGCGCUCGGACUUCCUCACCCGCUGUAACUCUGAGGGGGCGACCCAGUCCGACGACGACGACGAAUACUACAUCCCCGCCCACUCCCACACGCUGCCCCCCUCCCUGUCUCCCUCAUGUGUCCACCCUGAGGCUGACUGUCACAGCGACUCAGAGAUGCCAUCUCACAAAGACCAGAAGAAGAUCCAUAAGACCAUGUCGUCAGGAGACCUGGGCAAGGUGGAGGUCCUCAGGAAAACCUCCAGUCAGGAUGGAAGCAGGAUGAGAGGAAAGAUGAGAUUCUGGAGUAAGACGAAGCACGGCGAGAAAAAACUGUCAAGAGAGAAGCAGGCCAGCAGGAGCGAAGCUGGAGAGACACAUGAAGGCCCUUCUCCUCCUCACAGUCCAGAUUUGGAGGCAGCCUCCUCUCGGGGGGUCCGGGACAGUAAGGAGAACAAGGAGCCGUCUCCGAAGAUGAGGAGGCGUCGCAGCGUGAAGAUCAGCAGCAUCGCUCUGGAACCCGCCCAGUGGCAAAACGACGCACUGCACAUCCUCACCUCGGCCCACGACUACCGCAGCAUGAACGACUUCCUCAUGAAGAAGAUCGCUGACCUGGAGUCUGAAGAUGGUAAGAAGGACACCAUGGUGGAUGUCGUCUUCAAGAAAGCGCUGAAGGAGUUCAGGAUCAACAUCUUCAACUCCUACUCCACCGCCCUGGCAAUGGAUGAUGGGAAGAGUAUCCGUUACAAGGAUCUCUACGCCCUGUUCGAGCACAUCCUGGAGAAAUCCAUGCGUCAGGAGCAGAGGGACUGGAGCGAGUCACCGGUGAAGGUGUGGGUCAACACCUUCAAGGUCUUCCUGGACGAGUUUAUGACCGAGUUUAAGCCCAUGGAGGGAACUAUCGGGAGGGCUCCUAAACGUGAACGCAAGAAGUCGAGGAAGAAGGAAACGGACAUUGUGGAAGAACACAACGGCCACAUCUUCAAGUCCACGCAGUACAGUAUCCCCACCUACUGCGAGUACUGCUCCUCCCUCAUCUGGAUGAUGGACCGAGCCUGCGUCUGCAAACUGUGUCGCUACGCCUGCCACAGGAAGUGCUGCUCCAAGAUGACCACCAAGUGCAGUAAGAAGUACGAUCCGGAGCUGUCGUCUCGCCAGUUCGGUGUGGAGCUGUCACGUCUGACCAGCGAGGAGCGAACGGUGCCACAGCUGGUGGAGAAACUCAUCAACUACAUCGAGAUGCACGGCCUCUACACAGAGGGGAUCUACAGGAAGUCGGGCUCCACCAAUAAGAUCAAAGAACUCCGCCAGGGGCUGGACACAGAUGUGAACAGCGUGAACCUGGAUGACUACAACAUCCACGUCAUUGCCAGCGUUCUCAAACAGUGGCUUCGCGACCUUCCCAACCCUCUCAUGACCUUUGAACUGUACGAGGAGUUCCUCAGGGCCAUGGGUCAGCCCGACAAGCGGGAGGUGAUACGAGGGGUGUAUUCAGUGAUCGACCAGCUCAGCAGGACGCACCUCAGCACGCUGGAGCGCCUCAUCUUCCAUCUGGUCAGGAUCGCCCUGCAGGAGGAGACUAACAGGAUGUCAGCCAACGCCCUCGCCAUCGUGUUCGCUCCCUGCAUCCUUCGCUGUCCGGACACUAUUGACCCGCUGCAGAGCGUCCAAGACAUCAGCAAGACCACAGCGUGUGUGGAGCUGAUCAUCAACGAGCAGAUGAGCAAGUACAAAGCUCGUCUGAAGGACAUCAGCAGCCUGGAGUUUGCAGAAAGCAAAGCCAAGAGCAGACUGACCCACAUCAGGAAGUCCAUGAAACCUGUACUAAUUGCUGUUAGGUUUAUGAGCAUAGCCCGCACUGCCACCCCGAGCAAAGGUCGUGUUCGGCAAAGCAGCACCCACACGCCCUCGCCUCCGCUCAGCCCCAGGGUGCCCCCUGUGGUGGAUGGAGAGAGUGCAGGAGGUGGAGGCGGAGGCGGAGGAGGAGGAGGAGAGGAUGCAGCCGAGGCUGGUCUGAACGAGCAGCAGCAGGCGGCGAUGCAGCAGGAGGAACGAGUCCUCACCGAGCAGAUCGAGAGUCUGCAGAAAGAGAAGGAGGAGCUGACGUAUGAGAUGUUGAUCUUGGAGCCGCGGGCGUCCGACGAUGAGACUCCGGAAUCUGAGGCAUCCAUCGGCACAGCGGACAGCUCUGAGAACAUCACCAUGGAGAUGGAGGGAGCCACCUCAGACCCUUCUGAUCGUGGCACUUACCGCUCCAGAAAGUCGGAGGCAAAGGGCCGACGAGCUCUGCACCGUCAGCCCGACUCUCAAGACUCUGCGGACUCCACCUCCACCAUUUCCUCCUCCUACCACCCUUCCUCCUCUCUCUCCUCCAAUGCCUCCGGCUCUCCCUCCCCUCACUACCGGUUCCGCUCCUCCUCCUCCGGACCCCUGCUCACCUCCUGUGGUUUGGGGGCCCCGUUGGCCGAGGCGGAUGGGAGCCAGAGAGCCGGAAAGACCCGCCACCGGCUCAGGCUCAGCCGCAGCUCACCGCGCGAGCCCUCGGGAAGCCACCGGAGGGAGUCGGACUUCAGCUCGGGGCCACAGCAGCUGGUUCUGUACGGCAGCAACGAGUUCAUGGUGUGAAGCCAAGGAGGGAAGGAACGCCGGCCGCCGCCUGUUCGAGUGCAGGAGGGUGUGCGAGAAGGGGAGGAGGGGCGAGAUUCGCGCCCAGUGUCGCCUGCUGCCUCUCCUCAGUGCCCACCCCCCUCCUCCCCUGGUCCAGUCAAAGAAUAAAAGAAGAGAAAACUGGAAAUACGAGGCAGAGGGACAAAACGAACAGAUGGAAGAAAAGAGGACGGCAGAAGGCUGGAACAGAGUGACGUGAAUAGAUGUGGUCGGCCAUGUUUGUUGACCCUCCGGUCUCAGUGCUGUUUGACCCCUGCUGGAGCACCAGGGGUCAUUAAGAGGAGCGAGGGGAGGAGGUGAAGCACGGGUGGUGGCACACGGAGAAAACCCACACCUGCAAAGCCAAAUCUUAUAGUGCCCCAUCUUUAAUUUCUAGCAUGUGGGCAGGUGGAUAAAGCCACCCAGAAGAAAUGUAGCCAUAGCGACUGAACUGGCGGACGUUUUGUCUGUAACCAGCGCCAAGCUAAGUCUGCUUUUCACGUUUACACGGGACACACCAGCCAAGAGGCUGCAUGCUACUCCAUCACACUUUUUCCUACGUCAGUUUGAAGAGACUGUACAGAAAUAUGUUACAGCUGUAUGUUACAUUAUUAUUAUUGUUAUUAUUAUUAUUAUUAAUGUUAUUAUUAUGUUACAGAGGAAAAAAGUGUACAUAGAAAGAAACUCCAGUGCUGCUUCUGGGUCCUUCAUUGUCGAUUAGUCUCUAUUUCCUGUUUCCCACAAAGUGAAGAGUCUGGAAUUCAGGUUCCGCUUUUGUUUCUGUGCUGGUUUUGCUCGGUUUACCGUCAUCUUUCUCUUUUCCUAUUUCACAAUGACCAGAGCCAGUUUUGUGUCUCCCUGGGUAAUUCUCUAGAGAAACAAUUGAAGGAAAAGCUGUGGGUCGCAGUGCUACGUGUCCGGUGUCACGUCAACUUGACCUGAGGUGUCAAAUGUCAAUCAGCCAUAAGUGUAUUGUAUCUGCCUGCCUUUCUCUGCAAGCUUUUUGUUUUUCCUUCAGUUUUAUUCAGAAACAUCAGUGUUACCACGUCAGGA